GUUCCGGUUCUUCGUGGCCCUCAUGUGCCUCUUCACUCUGGGAUCCGGCUUGGUGAUCUCCGACACGGUGCAGCCGAACGGCAAGAACACGGUGGCUCUGGCCAAGGCCCAGCAGGCGCAGAACGAGGCCGAGGAUGCGGAUGAGAUCAGCGACAAGGAGGAAGACUUUAAAGAGGCCGAGAUCAAGGAUCAGAUGACCGCGAAGGACUAUGACAAGGAGAACAAGGAAGAGGCCGCGCAGAUCCAGAAGCAGGACAAGGAGGGCAGCAAGGUCAGUGAUGCCGAGCGCAAGGAGCCCAACACAGAAGCCUGA